AUGAGCGACGAGGAGACGGCGACCGACUACUGCAACCGAGCCCGGCGAAUUCUCGCCACCAUCAGGAUCGCCGGCGCCCAGUACUCGACGGCGUCGUACGUCACCCACGUCAUGCAGGGGCUCUCGAGCAGCUACAACCUCCUGAAGCGGCUGUCCAUGGCGCCGAGCACGAGGCACACGCUCAACGAGGACAAUUUGACCUCGUACAUCCUGCAGGACGAGGCGAUGCAGGAAGCUGAGCGGUCCCAGGAGCUCUUGGCGCAGGCGAAUUUGCUGUGCGGCGACCCCGAUCACCUCUCCUUCGAGUGCCCCGACCGCAGCGAUACCGACGACGACGACGCCAAGGGAGGCCGCGGUAGGUCGGCUAACCGUCGUCCCCGUCGAGGAAAUCAACCGCGCAAGGAGAAGCAGUCGACAAAGUCGACCACGGCGAAGUACGCCGACUCCUCUGCUGGCGGCAAGGAGCGAGGCGACAAGGCGGCGUCGUGCUCGCUGGUCGGCGUCGUGGAACCGACCGUCUCGCUGGCGCCGGAGGCCGGUGAGGACUUCCAGGCGGUGGCGGCAGCUGUGCAGGCGAACCCGGCGGUGGUCCUGCUCGACAGCGGCUGCUCGCACCACCUAAUGGGAACAAAGGAGGCCUUCAUCGACCUGGGGCCGAGCGGCGACGUGAAGCACGUGCGCGGCUUCAAUGGGGCGCUGCAGGACGUUCAGGGCCGUGGCACUGUCGCUCUGAAAGGGGAGGCCGGGAAGCGGGUGCUCAUCCCCGACGUGCUGUUCGUGCCCGGCGUCCGGGCAAACCUACUUUCGGCCGGCCAGCUGAAGGAGCACGGCGUGAAGCUGCAGGAGGACGGCGACGGGAUGCUCCUCGUCUCAGCGGCGUGA